AUGGGGAAGGAGGCAAAUCCCAGUGGCACUGUGAAACCGGUUUCGACUAUCGGUUCAUCUUUCAUUCCCAUAAUCAAUAAGCUACAGGACAUCAUUGCUCCUUUUAGCGGAGGCGGCGAAGUUUUACAGAUAUCGCUGCCACAGGUGGCUGUGGUUGGUAGUCAGAGCAGUGGGAAGUCUAGCGUGCUUGAAGCUCUUGUUGGCCGCGACUUUCUUCCUCGUGGCUGUGAUAUUUGCACUCGAAGACCACUCAUUUUGAUGCUGGAGAAUAGGUCGCCUAUUCCUGAUGAUGAUGACACUGAGUGGGGCGAGUUUCUACACAUGCCUGGCAAGCGGUUCUAUGAUUUCUCCAAAAUUCGCAGAGAGAUUCAGGCUGAGACUGAAAGAGAAGCAGGAUUUAACAAGGGAGUUUCAGAUAAACCAAUUCGUUUAAAGAUUUCUUCUCCAAAUGUUCUGAAUAUGACCCUUGUAGAUUUACCUGGCAUUACCAAGGUUCCUGUGGGAGAUCAACCGAGUGACAUAGAAGCAAGAAUUAGGAAGAUGAUAAUGGACUAUAUCAGCCAAGAAAACUGUAUCAUAUUAGCAGUUACCCCAGCCAAUUCGGAUUUGGCUACUUCUGAUGCUCUUCAGAUGGCUAGAAAUGCUGAUCCAAAGGGUUCUCGGACAGUUGGUGUAAUAACAAAGCUUGAUAUAAUGGACAGGGGAACUAAUGCAUGUAACCUUCUGCUUGGAGGAGUUGUUCCACUUCGUCUUGGUUAUGUUGGCGUUGUGAAUCGCUGUCAGGAGGAAAUUAGGCAAACUUUGGGAUCAAUAAUCUUUCAUCUUCCUCGUGUUCUUCUUCAUCUUCUUACAUCCUUUAAAAUAAUCUAUGAUGAUAUUAAUUAUAAUCGGAGCAUUCGAGAUGCGCUUGUACGUGAGGAGCAGUUCUUCCGUGAUCAUCCUGUAUAUAAUGGCCUCUCUGAUCGGUGCGGAAUUCCCCAAUUAGCAAAGAAACUGAAUCAGAUCUUGGAGCAGCAUAUCAGAAUGGUUCUUCCAAAUUUGAAGGCUGAGCUGAAUUCUCGUAUGGUGGUUGUGUCGAAUGAACUGCGCACAUAUGGUGAAGACAUGGAGUCAAAAGCAGAACAAGGUGGAGGAGUCAUUCUGCUGAACAUCCUAAAAAGAUACUAUGAAGCCUUUACUGCCAUGGUCGAUGGAAAAAGUCAGGCGAUGUUGACUGAGGAGCUUUCUGGGGGAGCCAGGAUCCGCUACAUUUUUCAGUCAAUUUUUGUAAAGGGCUUGGAGGAAGUGGAUCCUUGUGAAGAUCUAACUGAUGAUGAUAUUCGAAUAGCAAUUCAAAAUGCUACUGGUCCUGGAAAUGCUUUGUUUGUGCCAGAGGCACCAUUUGAAGUUUUGGUUAGAAAGCAAAUGGCGCGACUGUUAGACCCUAGCCUCCAGUGUCUAAGAUUUGUUUACAAUGAAAUGAUAAAGAUGAGCCACUCUUGUCAAGCAGCUGAGUUGCAGAGAUAUCCAAAUCUGAGAAGGCAUCUAGCUGAAGUCAUAGGAAAGUUCUUGAGUGAUGGUGUUAAACCAGCUGAGAGUAUGAUAGCAAACAUUAUUGAGAUGGAGACGGAUUAUAUAAAUUCUUCACAUCCAAGAUUUAUAGGUGGGAAAAAAGCUGUUGAACUUGCCAUGCAACAAGUUAAAUCAUCACAGGAAAGUCUUCCCCAGUCACAUAAUGACAAAACAUCAGCAGCGAGUAAUCUCUUGAAUAUGAAGCUUUCCAUGACAUGUGAAUCAGGUGCUGUCGGGGGCAGCAAAUCGGCAAGGGUGGUUGGAGGUUUCCAUUUGCAUGAGCUAACUUCAUCAGUUAUUUAUCCAGGUGGUAAUUCAUCCAGGGGUUGGGGCAUUCCUUCAGUGUUCGGAAGCAAGGCAUCGUCCAAUGAGAAUUCAUCCAGUGGAUCAUUAACAAAUUCAUCUAGCAAAUCUCUUGGUGGAACUUUAAAUAGUACAAAGCAUUCAUCAUCAACAAUCCAAUUGAGAGAGCCUCCAUCCAUCUUGAGGCCGCUAGAAGUGACAGAGCAUGAUGAAGCGGUGGAAAUAAUUGUAACCAAAUUGCUUUUGAGGUCUUACUUUGAUGUAGUCAAGGAUACCAUUCAAGACUUAGUUCCUAAAGCUAUAAUGCACUUUUUGGUCAAUCAUGCAAAGAGGGAACUUCAUUAUACCUUCAUACAAAAACUUUACAGGGAAAGCCUUUUUGAAGAGCUAUUGCAGGAACGGGAUGAGGUUGUUGCAAAAAGAAAACAUACCCGUGAACUUUUCCAUGUUUUGCAACAAGUAGUUCAGACACUGGAUGGGGUUGAAUCUGAACUGUCAUGUCAAUAUUCACAUUCAAGCAUGUUUAAAACUGAUUCUACCAAAGGAUUGCCUCCAUGAUACUCAUCACAUCUUCAGUCAAGAACAGGUAAAAACAGGUCAUCUUACAUACUAUCUUCCAGGCACUCCAAAACCCCUAAAUUAUCUCAUCCAGAUGAGCAAUAGCAAUUGUUGUUUGUCAACAUCAAAUAUUGGAAUUGUUUCCUCGCAUUUUCUUUCCUGCAACUUUCCUCACUCUCCUAGGCGGAGGGCGAGUAAGUUUACAAGUGAUAUAUAGCAUUUCAGUGUCAGAGAAAUGGUGACAUUCGCCAUUGCCCAUGGGGUAAAGGGGUUUGAAAUUGUCAUGUAUGGUACUCGCAAAUUUUGCAGCAUUUUUCAAUGCUAGCACAUUGUCAUCUACGUGCUAUUAUCUGUA